UCGACUGCAGAGGAAGCAGGAAGCUGCUGGCCCUGCUCAGAGCCCAGCUGCCGGGGCUCGGGGACAGCGGCAUGGAGUCCGUGGCCCUGUACAGCUUCCAGGCCACAGAGAGCGACGAGCUGGCCUUCAACAAGGGGGACACACUCAAGAUUCUGAACAUGGAAGACGACCAGAACUGGUACAAGGCCGAGCUCCGGGGUGCAGAGGGGUUCGUCCCCAAGAACUACAUCCGCGUCAAGCCCCACCCGUGGUACUCGGGCAGGAUUUCCCGGCAGCUGGCAGAAGAAAUUCUGAUGAAGCGGAACCACCCGGGAGCCUUCCUGAUCCGGGAGAGCGAGAGCUCCCCAGGGGAGUUCUCUGUCUCUGUGAACUACGGGGACCAGGUGCAGCAUUUCAAGGUGCUGCGUGAGGCCUCGGGGAAGUACUACCUGUGGGAGGAGAAGUUCAACUCUCUGAAUGAGCUGGUCGCCUUCUACCGGACCAGCACCAUCGCCAAGAAGCGGCAGGUCUUCCUGCGGGACGAGGAGCCCCUGGACAAGCCGCCCCGGGCCUGCUUUGCCCAGGCCCAGUUUGACUUCUCAGCCCAGGACCCCUCCCAGCUCAGCUUCCGCCGUGGUGACAUCAUCGAGGUCCUGGAGCGCCUUGACCCCUGCUGGUGGCGAGGCCGUCUCUGCGGGCGCAUCGGCUUCUUCCCGCGGAGCUACGUCCAGCCGGUGCACCUGUGACCCAAGUGGGCCCAGGGGCAGAGCCAGUGGACCGGCCAUCCACCGGGCACUGAGGUCCAGAGAGAGGACACGGGCACCCCCAGCCCAGG